AAACGGUCGUCAGGCGCCGGUUGAGGACCUUUUUUCCGUCGCGCGCUAACCGGAUGGUCCUUGUCUUAAGAGCUAAUGGCGGACGCCGGCGGUUUGGCGUUGGCAGUGCCCUAGACCUCGAAGCUACGCAGCAUCUGUCGGAUAUCUACGCCAUCCUCCCUGCUGCAAGCUUGCUUUGACUUGGUAUAACCAAGGCCCAGAUUGUGCAGUUGUGGGUUUCUCAGUGUUCCUGCCACCAUGUUCCUAUACAACUUGACCUUACAGCGAGCCACUGGCAUCAGCUUUGCUAUUCACGGCAACUUCUCUGGAACCAAACAACAAGAAAUUGUUGUUUCUCGUGGGAAGAUCUUGGAGCUGCUUCGUCCUGAUCCCAAUACUGGCAAAGUUCACACUUUACUAACUGUGGAAGUAUUUGGUGUUAUCCGGUCACUCAUGGCAUUUAGGCUGACAGGUGGCACCAAAGACUACAUUGUGGUUGGUAGUGACUCAGGUCGGAUUGUUAUCCUGGAAUACCAGCCAUCCAAGAAUAUGUUUGAGAAAAUUCACCAAGAAACCUUUGGCAAGAGUGGAUGCCGCCGCAUUGUUCCUGGCCAGUUCUUAGCUGUGGAUCCCAAGGGGCGAGCUGUUAUGAUUAGUGCCAUUGAGAAACAGAAGUUGGUGUAUAUCUUGAACAGAGAUGCUGCAGCCCGGCUCACCAUUUCAUCUCCCCUGGAGGCCCACAAAGCAAACACUUUAGUAUAUCAUGUAGUUGGAGUAGAUGUGGGAUUUGAGAAUCCAAUGUUUGCUUGUCUGGAAAUGGAUUAUGAGGAAGCAGACAAUGAUCCGACAGGGGAAGCAGCAGCUAAUACCCAGCAGACGCUUACUUUCUAUGAGUUAGACCUUGGUUUAAAUCAUGUGGUCCGAAAAUACAGUGAACCUUUGGAGGAACAUGGCAACUUCCUUAUUACAGUUCCGGGAGGGUCAGAUGGUCCAAGUGGAGUGCUGAUUUGCUCUGAAAACUAUAUCACCUACAAGAACUUUGGUGACCAACCGGAUAUCCGCUGUCCAAUUCCCAGGAGACGGAAUGACCUGGAUGACCCUGAAAGAGGAAUGAUUUUUGUCUGCUCUGCCACCCAUAAGACCAAAUCCAUGUUCUUCUUUUUGGCCCAAACGGAGCAGGGAGAUAUAUUCAAGAUCACGUUGGAGACAGAUGAAGAUAUGGUCACUGAGAUCCGCCUCAAGUACUUUGACACAGUGCCUGUUGCUGCUGCGAUGUGUGUCCUUAAGACAGGCUUCCUUUUUGUGGCAUCGGAAUUUGGAAACCAUUAUUUAUAUCAGAUUGCACAUCUUGGAGAUGAUGAUGAAGAACCUGAGUUUUCAUCUGCCAUGCCUCUGGAAGAAGGAGACACGUUUUUCUUUCAGCCAAGACCACUCAAAAACCUUGUACUGGUUGACGAAUUGGACAGUCUCUCUCCCAUUUUGUUUUGCCAGAUAGCUGACCUGGCCAAUGAAGACACUCCACAGCUGUAUGUGGCCUGUGGUAGGGGACCCCGGUCAUCUCUGAGAGUCUUAAGGCAUGGACUUGAGGUGUCAGAAAUGGCUGUCUCUGAGCUACCCGGUAACCCCAAUGCUGUCUGGACAGUGCGUCGCCACAUUGAAGAUGAGUUUGAUGCCUAUAUCAUUGUGUCUUUCGUGAAUGCCACACUUGUGUUGUCCAUUGGAGAGACUGUGGAGGAAGUGACUGAUUCUGGGUUCCUGGGCACCACCCCAACCUUGUCCUGCUCUUUGUUAGGAGAUGAUGCCUUGGUGCAGGUGUACCCUGAUGGCAUUCGGCACAUACGAGCAGACAAGAGAGUCAAUGAGUGGAAGACCCCUGGAAAGAAAACAAUUGUAAAAUGUGCAGUGAACCAGAGACAAGUGGUGAUUGCCCUGACAGGUGGAGAGCUGGUCUAUUUCGAGAUGGAUCCCUCAGGACAGCUGAACGAGUACACAGAACGGAAGGAGAUGUCAGCAGAUGUGGUGUGCAUGAGUUUGGCCAAUGUGCCCCCUGGAGAGCAGAGAUCUCGCUUCCUGGCUGUCGGGCUGGUAGAUAACACUGUCAGAAUCAUCUCUCUGGAUCCCUCGGACUGUUUGCAACCUCUGAGCAUGCAAGCUCUCCCAGCCCAGCCAGAGUCCUUGUGUAUUGUGGAAAUGGGUGGAACUGAGAAGCAGGAUGAACUGGGUGAGAGGGGCUCUAUUGGCUUCCUAUACCUGAAUAUUGGGCUACAGAACGGUGUCCUGCUAAGAACUGUCCUAGACCCUGUCACAGGAGAUCUGUCUGAUACCCGCACUAGGUAUCUUGGGUCCCGUCCUGUGAAACUCUUUCGUGUCAGGAUGCAAGGCCAGGAGGCAGUGUUGGCCAUGUCAAGCCGCUCAUGGUUGAGCUAUUCUUACCAAUCUCGUUUCCAUCUUACCCCCCUGUCUUAUGAGACCCUGGAAUUUGCAUCUGGCUUUGCAUCUGAACAGUGUCCUGAGGGCAUUGUGGCCAUCUCCACCAAUACCCUGAGGAUUUUAGCAUUGGAGAAGCUAGGUGCUGUCUUCAACCAAGUAGCCUUUCCACUGCAGUACACACCCAGGAAAUUUGUCAUCCACCCUGAGAGUAACAACCUUAUCAUCAUUGAGACUGACCACAAUGCCUACACUGAGGCAACAAAAGCUCAGAGGAAGCAGCAGAUGGCAGAGGAAAUGGUGGAAGCAGCAGGGGAGGAUGAGCGAGAGCUGGCCGCAGAGAUGGCAGCAGCAUUCCUCAAUGAAAACCUCCCCGAGUCCAUUUUUGGAGCUCCUAAGGCUGGCAAUGGGCAGUGGGCCUCUGUGAUCCGAGUGAUGAAUCCUAUACAGGGGAACACGCUGGACCUUGUACAGCUGGAACAGAAUGAGGCUGCUUUUAGCGUGGCCGUGUGCAGGUUCUCCAACACCGGUGAGGACUGGUAUGUGCUGGUGGGCGUGGCCAAAGACCUGAUACUGAACCCCCGAUCUGUAGCAGGGGGCUUUGUCUAUACCUACAAGCUUGUGAACAAUGGGGAAAAACUGGAGUUUCUGCACAAGACUCUGGUAGAAGAGGUCCCUGCUGCCAUUGCCCCAUUCCAGGGGAGGGUGUUGAUUGGUGUGGGGAAGCUUCUGCGAGUUUAUGACCUGGGAAAGAAGAAGUUACUCCGAAAGUGUGAGAACAAGCAUAUUGCCAACUAUAUCUCUGGAAUCCAGACUAUUGGACACAGGGUAAUUGUGUCUGAUGUCCAAGAAAGUUUCAUCUGGGUUCGCUACAAGCGUAAUGAGAACCAGCUCAUCAUCUUCGCUGAUGACACCUAUCCACGAUGGGUCACUACAGCUAGCCUCCUUGACUAUGACACUGUGGCCGGGGCAGACAAGUUUGGCAACAUUUGUGUGGUGAGGCUCCCACCUAACACCAACGAUGAAGUGGAUGAGGAUCCCACAGGAAACAAAGCACUGUGGGACCGGGGCUUGCUCAAUGGGGCCUCUCAGAAGGCAGAGGUGAUCAUGAACUACCAUGUGGGUGAGACAGUGCUGUCAUUACAGAAGACCACCCUGAUCCCUGGAGGCUCUGAAUCGCUUGUUUAUACUACCUUGUCAGGAGGAAUUGGCAUCCUUGUCCCAUUCACAUCCCAUGAGGACCAUGACUUCUUUCAGCAUGUGGAAAUGCACCUACGUUCUGAGCAUCCCCCUCUCUGUGGGCGAGACCACCUCAGCUUUCGUUCCUAUUACUUCCCUGUUAAGAACGUGAUUGAUGGAGACCUCUGUGAGCAGUUCAACUCCAUGGAGCCCAACAAGCAAAAGAACGUCUCUGAAGAACUAGACCGAACCCCACCUGAGGUGUCCAAGAAGCUUGAGGACAUCCGGACCCGCUAUGCCUUCUGAGCCCACCCGCCCUUUUCUAUGGCACUUGUCAGAGACUCUGUUUUUUUUCCCCACCACUUGACUCUGAACAGAAGAAGGAUGGCUGAAUAAUUAAGACUUGUAAUAUUAAAGCUAAUAAGUAGCUCUUUCUCAUCUACUUUCCCCCUGGGAUGACUGGUUUCCCCUAAAAUUGGCACUGAGAUUCACUAUGCUUCUCCCUGCUGGUACAUAAUUUCAGUGUGGAAUACAAUGUCCCUUAAUCCCCCAAAGCUCUUCCUGCAUUGAUACUUCUGACUCUCUUGUCCACUUUUGUAUACACCCUUAAUUUUUAAUUGGUUUUCCUGUAAAUAUAGUUUUGUACAAUGUUAUCUUUGUGGGAGGGAGGAAGGUAAGCUGAGGUGUGGACCAGGUUGGUUAUGGUGUAACUCCUGAGUUCUGCCACUCUGAACCUAACCAGAAAUACAAACGUAGUUUUUAAGGUG